AUGGGUCAGAUGGUCUCGAGUGCCAUCGAGAGCGUUCAAAACGACUCCGAGAAGCAGCAGUUGGCAAACGAUGCCUUGAAUCAGAUGCAGGAGCUCGGCCACCAGCAGAUCAGCUCAUUCAUGCACGAUGUCACUAACAAUGCUGUGAACGCAAAGUUGAUUCCGGUUGGCCAAAUCCUGCAUCAGGAGUCCAUCGUGCGAUGCAGUAUUUCGACCGAGGCGGCACAUAUUGACAAAGAAAUCGCCGAUACGUUCAACCUCUUUGUCAAAGGGGACAUGGCUGGUGCAAUCAGCAGUAUCGUCCGCAGCGGCCUGGCUGCGGUUAUUGGGUCAUACGAGGGAAACAGGUCAGAUAGGACCACCUAUGCCGUGACGACUGGGGUGCUUGGCGGUAUCCAGCGCGUUGACAUUCGGAUGUUUGCUUGGAGAUACACUUCCACACAGCUAACUGCCAUUACGAAAGACAUGCUCGCUGUGGCGGUUAUCGUCUCUGCCGUGGACCCAAAGCAGGUCACCAAUUUUGCUAUUCGAUCCAUGGUUCAAGAGCAGUUUGACAAGCUUCCGAUAGCAGAGCAAGAAAAGGUUUUGAAGACAAUCCUGGAUGCAAAAAGGAAGCACAUGAUGCAGGUGAAUAGCUUCAAUACGUACUAG